UCCUACAGCUCCAUUGUCCCACUUCUUCCCCCCACCUUUUCAGCUCAUAUAUAUGUAGAUCCAAAACUUUUAGUCCAUUUCAAGAACUCCAAGGUUCUUCUUUGGGUGAAGGAGAGGAUAAGAGUUCAGCACAGACUCCGUUCGAUUGCCGGUUUUUUCUUGGGUCAAGUUGCGAGCUUGGGAGCCAUGAAGCAAGAAACACCGCCAAGAACGACGCCAGCAGCGAGAGCUGAAGGCAGAAUUGGCGGCAAUUACUCGACUUCGCAUUCCACCACACCUUCGCGUUUCAGAGCCACCCCGAAGGUUAAGGAGCCGUUGAAGCUGGCGGGUGAUGUUCUGAGAGACAGAGCAAGGUCAGUGCCUCCAGAUGUGAAGAACGAUUCGAAGGCCCAGAGGUCUCUUUUGCUCAGAACCCCCAAAUCUGGAGACAUUGCUGCGGGAUCUCAACAGGGUAGGGAGCUCGAGGAGGCGAAGACCGGGGGUCGACCCGGGCUGGCCCGCGCGGUUGUCGAGCAGUUCGCUCGGCCACGGCGGCUGCGGCUGGGUGCGAGUUCUGUCACUAGCACUAGCAGGAGAAACGAGGAUGGAGUGAUGGAUGGGAAUAAGAAGAAGUGCGAGGAAUUGCAAGAGAAGUUCGAGUUAACUGAGAAUUUGGUCAAGAGUUUGCAGAGUGAGGUGUUGGCUUUAAAGGCAGAACUGGAAAAAGCACUGAGCUUGAAUGUGGAGUUGGACUCAAAGAACAGGAAGCUUACGGAGAAACUCGCUGUUGCUGAGGACAAAGUAGCAACUCUCAGCAGCUUUGAUCAGAGGGAGUCAACUAAGGAUUUCCAGAGUCCCAAAUUCAAAGACAUUCAGAAACUGAUUGCCAAUAAGUUGGAUAAUUCAAAAGAAAAGAAGGAAGCAUUCGGUGAGGCUAUCUUUAAGACAACGCUACCUACAGUGCCAGCGAGUUCAAUACCAAGAGGCACCAACAAUAAUGUAAAGCCUCCCCCUUGCCCAUCCCUGCCACCUCCGCCUCCGCCACCUCUUCCCUCAUCUCGGCCCCGGGCCAGAGGAUCUGCAACCCCUAAAACUCCUGCAGUCGUAGAAUUUUAUCGCUUACUGACGAAGCCAGAAGAGAAGAAGGAUGAACCAAGAUCAAAGGAUUCCAAUAAACCAGCGGUUACCAGUGCACAUAGUAGUAUAGUUGGAGAAAUUCAAAACCGUUCCGCUCAUCUUUUAGCUAUCAAAGCAGAUAUUGAAACCAAAGGGGAGUUAGUUAAUGGUCUUAUCCAAAAAAUUCAAGCUGCUGCUUUCUCAGAUAUUGAAGAGGUCCUAAACUUUGUGGCUUGGCUUGAUAAUGAACUUUCUUCCCUGGCUGAUGAGCGGGCUGUGUUGAAACAUUUCAACUGGCCCGAGAAGAAAGCUGAUGCCAUGAGAGAAGCUGCAGUUGAAUACCGAACUCUUAAGUUGCUCGAGAGUGAGAUUUCGUCAUACGAGGAUGAUAUGGAUGUUCCUUGUGCAAGUGCGUUGAAGAAGAUGGCUGGCUUAUUAGACAAGUCCGAGAGAGGGAUUCAGAAGCUCGUCAAACUGCGAAGUUCAGCUGUGAGGUCAUAUCAGAAUUGGAAAAUUCCAACUGAUUGGAUGCUCGAUUCGGGAAUGGUGUCCAAAAUAAAACAGGUUUCAAUGAGGCUGGCCACCAUGUACAUGAAGAGAGUGACAAUGGAGUUCGAAUCCAUGCGGAACUCGGACAGGGAAUCGAGCCAAGAAGCUCUAUUGCUCCAGGGUGUUCAUUUCGCAUAUAGGGCCCAUCAGUUUGCAGGAGGGCUCGAUUCGGAGACAUUGUGUGCUUUCGAAGAGAUUAGACACCGCAUCCCCGGACACUUCCAAGGGUCUCAACAUCUGCUGCCUGGCAUAACCUCAUCCUGAGGACCCGCGUGGUGUCGAGCGGUUUGAUUUUCGCGUCGCAUCGUGGGCAUCCGAGCGAACCGGCGGCGCAAGAUUCAUUUUCGGCAUGUCCCCUGUAGAUACUCGGGAAGAUCGACGGAACAUCUCAGUCCAAAACAUCGUCUCUGUAGAAGCCGUCAAGGCCUCGGUAGUUCUUAUGAAAAGGUGUAGUUCAUCUGCGCAACGGAGGGCAGCGCGAGUUAGGAGCUCCAUAUAAAUGUAAUCCUUUUUUUCUUCUUCUUCUUCUUGUUCGAGCUUGAUAAAUGUAAUGGAGACACUAAAUUCCUGCGGUUUUUUCUCGUGAGAUGCGUCGGCGAUUACUCG